AUGGUGGGCUCACCUAUCUUCUGUUCUGAUUGCAGCAAUUACCUGUGGACACCCAGGCAAUCCAAUCAACGGCCUCACUCAGGGCAGCCAGUUCAACCUCAACGACGUGGUCAAGUUCGUUUGCAACCCGGGAUACAUAGCCGAGGGGGCUGCCAGGUCCCAGUGCCUGGCCAGCGGUCAGUGGAGUGACACACUGCCCACCUGCAGAAUCAUCAACUGCACGGAUCCUGGGCACCAAGAGAACAGCGUCCGACAGAUCCAUGCCAGCGGCCCCCACAGGUUCAGCUUCGGAACCACUGUGUCCUACCAGUGCAGCCAUGGCUUCUACCUCCUGGGCACACCGGCGCUCAGCUGCCAGGGAGAUGGCACCUGGGACCGACCCCGACCACAGUGUCUCUUGGUGUCCUGUGGCCAUCCUGGCUCUCCACCUCAUGCCCAGAUGUCCGGAGACAGCUACAUAGUGGGGGCCGUCGUGCGGUACAGCUGCACUGGCAAGCGAACUCUAGUGGGCAAUGCCACCCGCAUGUGUGGACUGGAUGGACACUGGACAGGCUCACUCCCCCACUGCUCAGGAACCAGCACAGGCGUCUGCGGUGACCCAGGCAUCCCAGCCCAUGGCAUCCGUCUAGGGGACAGCUUUGCCCCAGGCAGUCUGAUGCGCUUCAGUUGUGAAGCUGGCUACGUGCUCCGAGGAUCUUCAGAGCGAACCUGCCAAGCCAAUGGCUCGUGGAGCGGGUCACAGCCUGAGUGUGGAGUAAUCUCAUGUGGGAACCCCGGAACCCCAAGCAAUGCCCGAGUGGUGUUCAGUGACGGUCUAGUGUUCUCCAGUUCCAUCGUCUACGAGUGUCGUGAAGGCUACUACGCCACAGGCCUGCUCAGCCGACACUGCUCUGUCAAUGGCACCUGGACAGGCAGUGACCCCGAGUGCACAGUCAUAAACUGUGGUGACCCUGGGAUCCCAGCCAAUGGCAUCCGGCUGGGCAACGACUUCAGGUACAACAAAACUGUGACAUUCCAGUGUAUCCCUGGCCACAUGAUGGAAUCACACAGAGUAUCCGUGCUGAGCUGCACCAAGGACCGGACAUGGAACGGUACCAAGCCAGUUUGCAAAGCAAUCAUGUGCAAACCUCCUCAGCUCAUCCCUAACGGGAAAGUGGUGGGAUCCGACUUCACGUGGGGCUCUAGUGUGAGUUAUGCCUGCCUGGAGGGCUACCAGCUCUCCCUGCCUGCCGUGCUCACCUGCGAGGGAAAUGGAUCCUGGACUGGAGAGCUGCCGCAAUGCUUCCCCGUGUUCUGCGGCGAUCCAGGGGUCCCACCUCGAGGGAAGAGAGAAGAUCGGGGUUUCUCCUACAGGUCGUCUGUGUCCUACUCCUGCCGUCCCCCUCUGGUGCUGGUGGGCUCCCCACGGAGGUUCUGCCAGUCGGACGGGACGUGGAGCGGCACACAGCCCAGCUGUAUCGAUCCUACACUGACCACGUGUGCAGAUCCCGGCAUGCCACAGUUCGGGAUACAGAACAGCUCCCAGGGCUACCAGGUUGGAAGCACGGUGCUCUUCCGUUGUCAGAAAGGUUACCUGCUUCAGGGCUCCACCAGCAGGACCUGCCUUCCCAACCUGACCUGGAGCGGAACCCCACCUGACUGUGUCCCCCACCACUGCAAGCAGCCAGAGACACCCACACAUACCAACGUCGGGGCACUGGACCUGCCAUCCAUGGGCUACACACUCAUCUACUCCUGCCAGGAGGGCUUCUCCCUCAGGGGUGGCUCUGAACACCGUACCUGCAAAGCUGACGGCAGCUGGACAGGCAAGCCGCCCGUCUGCCUGGCAGAGGUCCGGCCCAGCGGAAGACCCAUCAACACUGCGCGUGAGCCACCGCUCACCCAAGCCUCAGUUCCAGGGGAUGUUUUUGCCAAGAAUUCCUUGUGGAAAGGAGCUUAUGAGUACCAGGGGAAGAAACAGCCAGCCAUGCUUAGAGUAACCAGCUUCCAGAUAGCCAACAGCAAGGUCAACGCCACCAUGAUCGACCACAGUGGGGUGGAAUUGCACUUGGCAGGAAACUAUAGGAAGGAAGAUUUCCGCCUUCUGCUUCAGGUCUACCACGUCACGGGGCCCGUGGAGAACUUUGUGGAUAAGUUCAAAGACGACCACUGGGCAUUAGAUGGCCAUGUGAGUGCGGCAAAUUGGUCUUCACCAGGCCUUGGACCCUACUCCCGUUCCCAGAUUGUUGGCAGAGAAAGGAUGACAGGGUGUGAGAACUGCUGGGGUCCCAUGGAAACCUGAGGAGUCUUGAGAGUAGAGCUAGGAGCCAGGGAGCCCUGGUCAGCAAAUGGAGCGGGCAAAGGGAGGAUAAAAGAGGCUUGAAGACUCGGAGUCGAGGAUUGCCAUGUCUGAGAGGGAUGCAUGAGCUUCUCUAUGGAACAGGAAGCAAGAAAUGGGGGUCAGGGUGUGAGAGUGCAGGUCACAGUGCAAUGGAUAUGGGCUGGAAGAAGGUGAACCCCAAUGACUCCUUGAGAUAUGUGCUUAAAUUUGAGAUGUGGGCUGGGGAUUAUUUAGCACAGCCUGAGAGUUCAGGACCCAGAAGAGAGAGGCAGGAAUCUCUUCCAUGCCUUUGUGGGAACUACACACAUUGUAGGAAAUUCAUGAGGUAGAAACCAGUCCCUAAGCGACGGUCUUGUACUGUAUCUUCUGAGUUCACAGUGGGAGGAGGGUUGAGCAUGGAAUUCACCUAUCCCAGCCCCCUCCUCACUGUCUUGGAUUUCUAGAGGGAAGAGAGAGAAUGGGGGAAAGAACAGGAGAUCCAAUGGGCUGGAGCAGUGUCACUGAGGACAGGCCUAGCUGGUGGAGCACUGUGGCUGAGAGCCUGCUUUGUAAACCCACUGGAAGAACCGAGUGACUUCUCCAGGGCCUGGCACCGGCACGUGCAGUCAGUUCCCUGGC